UCUUAUUAUCUCUCCACAAUUUUCGCGCAAAAUCGUCGCACACACGUUUGCGAUGCGAUGAACGAGAUUCUACCAUUCUAAUUUUUUGAGAAAGAGAUUUACAGAAUGGCUUCUAAUAUGCAGUCUUUCCCGCGAAUGCUGAAAAUGCUGCGGGAAAAUAGCAACGUCAAGGAAAAACGUGAAGCUUUAACCUAUAUUCGCAGCAACAGUAAAAAAUUAGAAUCUACAAAAGCUAUUAAAGAAGAACAAUAUAAAGAAUUAUGUAAACUAGUUGUUGAUGCAUUUGCAAAUGGAAACAGUGAUAUACAAAAUGAAGCAUAUGAAACACUAAAUGUGAUUAUUCGGGAAUUCAAAGAUCAUACUUUAAAUUUAUUUGAAGCUCUGUCACGGAUAAGUCAAAAAAAUAGAUUAAAAAUUCUUAAGUUAUUAGAAGUAGUUGAAGACAAUGCUAUAGCAACAUUUGCUUAUGAUGCACAUGCUGUAAAUUUCUUUAAUAAUUGUAUGUGUACAAUACAAACAAAUACAAUGCCAUGGACAGCACCAACUGCAUGUGUAGAUAAUAUUCAAGCAUUAAUAGAUGCUGAAAGUAGACCAUUAUCAGAUGACCAAAGAUUAGAAGAGGAAACAAUUAAUUAUUGCAUAACAUUACUAAGGAGAUUAUACAAAGUGGCUGCAUCAGACAUUAAAGUUCAAGGGUUUAAUGUACUAUUAAUGGAUAAAGUAAUACUAUUAGCAUAUAUGGGUCAUAAAAGGCAACGAGGUCCUGCUUUGAAACUUUUACAACAAGCCCUUGCUGCAAAUAUAUUAUCACAUGUACAUAAUAAAUUAUCAGUUGCAUGGGCUCGAUAUAUAUCAGCAUUACAAUCUAUAUACUGCAAACGUAUGUUACUUUUAGUAACAGCCUGUGAAUUAGAUUGGGCUACACAAUGGAAUGUCAGUAUCCAGUUUCUUGGUGUGGACCUCCAUCGUGGUGCUGGAUUAAUAAAUAAUUUACUGAGUGUUGAAGAAAAGGCAUUUAAGUCUACAGAUACAAUCAUACGCAGACAAGCAUUCCUUUCAUGGAAGUUACUGGUGGACAAUUUUGCUUUAGACCCACAAGAACUUGCUACUGCUAGACGGAUAAAGUUAUUGUGUAUUCCACUGAAUGCCAAAAAUAGUAAAACAGAAUUGAUAGCAUUAACAAAGUUAGAAGUGUGGUGGCAUGUAAUUAUUAAACUUUACAAAGACAUUUCUAAAUUUGUCAAUCCUGUGAUUACACAGUUCUUAGAUUUUUGUUUUGGACCUCUUGGAGAUACACCAUUAUUGUCUUCAAAGUUCGACAUAGUAGCUUCUCCAGGAAAGAGAUUCUUUAAAACAAAAGUUGUUGCUGUAGAUGCUUUAUGUCAACUCCUUGUCAAUAAACAAGAAAAUCAUAGUGUCUUUUCCCCAAUUUUGGAAGAAAGACUUCCACAUUCUAUCUCUAAUGCUGUUUUCCAAGAAUGCUACAAAAGGAUAAUUCAUAGUGUUGGAGAAGCUUUGCUUGUUCUUAGCCAACUUACAGAUGCAGAAAUGAAAAACAGAUAUCAACUUGGUAAAAUAUUGUGGACAAAUUUAAUCAGUUAUGUACAAGAAUCAAAAAUAGAGGAGAAGGAGAUUAUGUGUAAAGAUAUGAUGCUGGUUAUUACAGAAUUAGUAAAUUAUGCUGAAAGUAAACCAAUGAUUCGAAAUUUAAUUCUUGAUAUAAUUUUGUUUGAAAUUGCUGAUCUCAGUAAAAAUUUCAAUUUUCAAGGUGAUAUAUUGUCAGGAUUGGUGUUCAAACUUUUACAAAUUUCAAUUUUAAAUAAAGCUGAAAAGAAACAUUAUAAUGCAUUGAAGAGUCUCUUGUGGCAAUGUAUUAAGUCUCAAAGGGAAAAUGUGUAUUAUACACAUGCAUUUAAUUAUCUGAAGAAAAUACUCGAUAAAUUACAUGCACUAUCAAAUGCAAAAGAUGGAAAUAUAUCUGUUGUCUUUGAAUUGUGGCUUGUCUUAGCAGACAUAUUAACAAAAUAUAUGGAUGAUAUACAAGAAAUUAAUGAAGGAACUACUACAGAACAUAAUUUAAGUACUGUUGAAUCUAUUGUAAUAUUUCCGUUUAUGUAUAUACAUCUAGAGGAUCAAAAGCAGGUUCAAGAAUUAGCAAAGGCUUGGAAAUAUUUAUACCGACAGUUUGAAAUGCGAACCGAUCUUAUAACAACUGUAAAAUCUAAUGAAAUUUUAUUGAAUGUUGCAACCACUAUGCAGCAUUGUUUAACAGAAAAUGAUAAAUCUUCUUACCUUACUAUAUAUUGUUUAGAUAUUUUGUUAGGUACUAUUAACUACAAACUUUUAGUGGCACAUACAGAAGUUCCAUCUAUUAUAUAUCUUCUUGUGGAUCUCAUAAAAUGUUUUUUAUCUAAUAAAAAUGUUAAACAUUGUGAAUCUGCUCUUAAAGCACUGUCAGCAGUAAUUAUUACUAUAUAUGGGCACAAUCCAGAAAAAGUGACACCAUAUCUGCAAGUUUGUAAGCCAGCUAUUGAACUCAUACUCCAUACUGAAAUAGAAGCACUAUACAAAGAAGUAGCAAGUACAUGGGAAAGUCUAAUUACUAUUUUCAAAGGACUCGGUAAAAUAAUAGAUUAUGAUCUUCUUUCCUCUUAUAAAAAAGUAAUUAUCCAAGCUUUAAGUCAUCCAAAUCUUGACAUACAAAUUCAAACAGUAUCACUUUUUGAAUUACAUAAUGUGUUAAGUGGUAGUACUAAAUUAAUAUUAGAAGAAAUAGAAAAAGAAUCAGGGAGAACUAAACUGUUACGUAAAUCCGAUAUGACAAAAAAGAAAAACGAUCAAAUUGUAAAAUUACCAAAUCAAGUAAAAAUAGUUGGUAGCAUAUUAAGAGGAUCUAGUAGUCCAAAAUUUGUAACUAAAGAAAUGGAUAAAAGUGACAAGAGACUAUUAAACGAUUCUGAUUCGCAGGAUUAUGUUUUCAUCAAAACAGAUUUAAAAUUUGAUGUUAAUCGUUUGACAGAACAUCAAAAAGAAUCUUUAAAACGUAGAAGAGAAGAUAUUCCAGCAUUAUAUAAUGAUUUGUCACAGUCUUCUUCUCAAGAUACUCAAAAUUUGCAAGAAUGGUUUGAUAAAAAGAGCAGAAUGUUAGAAGAAACAGAGAAAGGGCAUAAUGAAAAGGAGAAUGUUUCAAUACAAAAUAUAUUAGAUGAUGAUGCAAAUAAAGAAAAUAAAAUUGAAAGAAAGGAAUCAGAAACAUUAAAUAAAUCAAACGUUGAAAGUGAUGCAAAAACAACAGAAAAUGUUGGGCAACAUGUGUCAUUAGAGUCUGUACAAAAAACAAAAGGUAAUACAGACAAUAAUGAAAAUUCAUUAGCAGAAGGUCAAGUAAUAACGACAGAAAAACCUUAUGACAAUGCAGAAGCGAAAACUUCAGCAGAUUUUGUAUCAAAAGAGUCAAAUUCUAAUGCAGAAGAAGAACCAUUAGAAAAUAAAGAUGACCAAAGACUAUCUCCAUCUGUAUUAGAUAGUGGUAAGCGACGUAAUCGUUCUAGUGUUGCUGUAAGAUCUAGUGUUUCACCAAAAUCAGAGGAAACUGUUAGCAAUCAACCAGGACAAUCAAGUGUCAACCAAGUUUUGCAAAGAACUUUAAGAACAAAAGUAAUUCCAUGUAAGUCUGAUAUGAUUAAUAAACAAAAAGCGUUGGAUAAUGUGGAAAAUAAAUCGGUUAAAGAGGAUAAGAGAGGUGUUAAACGUAAAUCAGCUUCGGAUAGCGAAAAUGAAGGAACAGGUAUACGUCAAAGAAGAAAAACUACUUCACUGGAUAUGAAUAACGAUAGUGAUAGCUGUAAAUCUACAGAAAAUUGUAAUACAGCAAUGGAUUUAGAAGGAAUAAUGGAUGAAGGGAAUUUGAGUCAACGUACUAGAAAUGAAAUAUCUCGUUUGCGUAUAAAUAUGGUAUUUGACAGUCCUUUAUCAACUUGUCGCCGUUUGAAGGGUCAGGAGGAUGUUAAUAAAGACACUGUUAAUAAAAAGCAAUCACCUGAAAAUAGAAGUGCUAAAUUAAAAGUUGCAGUUUCAGCAGUAGGUGAUAUAGUAAAAAAACUUCCAAAACUUAAUGACAAGGAGUUAAAUAGCCUUUCAAAAAACAGAGGCAGACCGCCAAGAAUGAAAAAAGUAGAAAAAAAUAUUGAAGCUAGUAAACCUGGAGAUACCAAUAAGACUUUGCAGAAUAGAAAGGAUGAAUUAGAAGAAGAAAAUAAAAAUGAAGAAAGUGUACAGGCAGAAGUUGUUUCAAAAAGUAUAUCAGAUGAUAAAUACGAUUUACUUGAUACUGACGAAUAUACUACAAUUAACGUUGAAACGGUUAAUGAUGAUGAACCAAAUAGUGAAACACAAAGCACAAGUAUUAAUCAAAACGUCAAAUAUGUUGAAGAAGAAAGUCAGACUGAGGAAGAUAUGGAAGAUAUAAUAGAAAAUUCACAAGAAUUGUCUAAAUUAGAAAAACAAUGUAAUGAGAAGCAGUGCUUUAUUAAAAUUAAUAAAAUUGAAAAAAUUCUUCCUUCAAUGAAAUGCCCAGAUAUUACAAUUGAGGAUGAAGAAGUAGCGAAAAUUGUUUCAAAUAAUUGUGAUAAUGACAAUAACGAAGUUCCUAAGGAUAAUGUUAAGGAAUUUGUGGAAACCAAUGAAGUCAAUCUAAAUGUACCAAAGAUUUCGACUCCUAUUAUUGAAAACAAUUCAUAUGAUAGUGAAAAAGAUAUUAUAUUUGAAGGGCAGAAAGGAAACGAAGGAUCUUCGCUUAAAUCAUUAUUCGAAUUUUCGUCACCUAAAGGUAGUAUGAAACGUCAUAUAAAAUUCAAAACCUAUUCACCAAAAGGACGUGCGGCUCAUAUGUUAGGAUUAGUAACAAAGCAAGCAAUGAUGGAAGCAGAAUGUUAUGUUAUUAAUAUAGACGAUGAACCUGCUAUUAAAAAAGCAAAAUCCAAAGACACAGAUAAUGAUGCAUUGCUUGCAAAAAAAGAACAAGGGUCUACGUCGAAAGAAACCGAUAAAGUAACAGCAACAUGUAGUGGUAGACAAGAGAAAAUCUUUAGUAAUAUGAGAUCAGUAGAUUAUUGUUCUUCACCUCCGAUAAAAUUAUUUUCAAAUUUGAAAAACGACGGAGAAAAAGUUUUCUCAAAAAUAGACAAAUCAGUGGAUUGUGUAUUCUUACAAACUGAUGCCCAAACUGACAAAGUGGGUGUAGAAUCUCUACUUGAAACAGAGGAAUUGCCAAUAUUAGGAUGGUCAAGCGCAAAUCCUCCUUCAUUAACUGCAUCCCCAAGUGCAAGUAUAUUAAAACGUCAACGUCAAUCUAUUCCAGAACCUGAUCCAGAAUCUACAACUCCCAAUAAGAGAAAAAGAGUAAGCUUUGCAGAUCCUCCAGUUUCUAAGGAAAUGGGAUAUGAAAUUACGUCUAUGGACUCUCCACAUAAAGCUAAUAAAUUUACUUCACGUGGAUUACUAAUUCGUAAAGAUUCGCCAUUAAGAUUGAAACAAAUUAGACAGAAAUUGUUGUCUAUUGACUCAGAUAAGAUGGAAAAAGAAGAAGUAGAUAUAACAAGUGCAUCUGAAGUUGAUUUGCAAUGUGAAAGAGAAAAUGAAUUAUUAACAAAAAUAGCUGAAGAAUUAGAGUACUCAGAGAAUGCUACAACAAACACAGAAGUACAAACAUCAUGUAAUUUUGUAGAAGAAGAGUCAACAAAUACAGUUACUGUAGGAGUUAAUACAGAUAACCAAAUUGAAAUAGAUAAUUUAGGUGCUGAGUUUGAAAUUACCCAAGAUUCAGCGUUUUCUAAGCAGGUGGAAUUAAUAUCUGGCAAUAAAAUAGAUCAAAAUGAAAGAAAUGAAAUCUUAGAAACGUCAAAAUGUUCUAAUGCUAGUUUAAAAAGUACUAAAAUUGAUGAUAUGGUAACACAAGAAGAUAUAUUUACUGGAGUAGAUGAGAAACAUAAUGAUUAUGUUAAAGUUACAGAAGCUACUUCUGAUGCUGAUACAAGUAAUGUACAAAACACAUCUAUUGCAAGUACUUCACUAGAUUCUCUCCAAUUCAAUAUUACAAAUGAUUCUAUAAUAGAACAUUCAUCAAAGAAACAUGUAAAUUCUGAAACAUUGGAGGAUACAGUAGAUGCUGCAAACCUUACUGAUUUGAAUUCUUCUGCAAAUUCAGAAGAAAUUUUCUGUGGAAAAUUAAUAAGAAGUAGUACAAAAGCAGCAGAGAGUGUGCAGGAACAAGAUACACUACCAGUUACAGAUUCCGUUUUUGGAAGUUUGCCUUUAAGUCAAGAUAGUCAAAUUACAAGUGAUUUUAAUGUGGAAAUGUCACAUCCAGAAUUAUUGGAUUCUUUGUAUCCCAUAUAUCCUACAUUAAUAUUGUGCGAAGAACCUAUAUCAUCUAUUAUUGAACAAUUAACUAAUCCUCUUUGGGUACAACAUUUAUCUAAAUAUUUUACAGAUAGAAAUGUUCGUACCAUUAGUGAUCUUGCACGAUUAUCUGAGCGUGAAAUAAAUAGAAUUCCAGUAAAGGGUAAUUCGAAAAUUGAAUUUGUAAAAAGUGUUUUAAGAUCCUUUGAGAAAACAUAUGCUGCAAAAGAAAUGAGUAAUGUCAAAGAAUUUUUAGAUGAAGUUUUAAAUCACAAAAUAGGUUGUUCUAUAAAUACUAAUGUACCUGCUUCUAUGCUGCUAAGUGAACCGAGUUCUAGUACAGUUUUUGUCAAUGUCCCUACAGCCGACAGGAAUAAUGAGACGUCUACGACAGCGAUAGAAUCCAAUAUAAACGUCUCUAACAUUUAUCCACGAAUACAAUACGAAUCUGCUACACAAACAACUAUUUUGCCUGAUUUUACUCCAGUCUUGAUGUCCUCAAAUGUGGCUCUUAUACAAACUGUAAAUGUACCAAUAUUGACUACGGCAAACUGUACACUAGAAACUAUUACCGGAAAUACAAAUUCUUGUACUACAAGUGCAACUGGAAUAAUGCCAAUAAGAAAAAGUGUUGGAACUUGUACUAGUAGUGAUUCUAUUUAUCUGUCAAAAACAAUAGUGAAUAAAGCGACAAAAUCUGUCGCAGCACAAAUGGCUUUAGAAGAUCUGUUGGAUGAAAUAGAUGUUAACUUGGUGUUAGAAAGUGCAGCUAGAAGAUGUACUCCCGACAAACUUCUUAUACAGUAUAAGAACAAAAUGAGACAUGUACCACAAGUGGAACUAGAAAGUGAAACCAUAAGAAUGCUUGGUGUUGAAAACAGAAACAAUUGCAGUGAACAGACACUGAAGGCAGCCUGUCGUGCUUGUGGAGCGAAUAAAGUUUUACUUCGACUACCCGAUAUUUUCUGCGCUGAUAAACAGUUUUUUGUGAAAGUAUUGAAUGCCUACAGGAAAAAGAUAAGGACCAGUGAUUGCAUGAAUAUCCUCGACUUUAACGAAGUUAAGGAUGCUGUUUAUCAAAAAUGCACAUCUUCAGAAUUGGCUGAAAUGUUAUCCAAGAAAUUAAAAGAAGAAGAACAACAGGGAAUAAGAACGCCUAUGACAGAAUUGUCUAGCUUGGACGCUAUGUUGAAAAGAAUGCCAGUGGACGUAAUCAUUAGCCAUACAGUGGCAAAUGAUGAAUUAAUACCAUCGCCGGUCGUUUUAGAUAUAGCUUUGCAAAACAAUAGCCCCAGUAACAUUGCACAGGCUUUGGAAUCUCAAUCUUCUCCUGUUACAAAGAAUGUUUUUGAUAAACUUUGGUCUUCCCAAUUUGCAGUUGAGCACAUUGACCAAUAUAACAUAUCCAAGGAAGAUUUAUUGAAGAUCUUUAAAGCAGUUUGUUCGAAGAUUAAUACACAAGAUCUUUUGCAAGCGUUCUACGAAUCCAUGCACCUUAAAUUAAUGGUAAAGCAAGAGAAAGACUAA